UAUCAAGAAGCAGACAAGCAGACAGACUACAGGUGAAGAUGUGGGUUUCAUUUAUAAUCUGGGUUUUUGUCAUCCUUCCAAAUAAUAUUUACACAAGUGAGUCUGAGGAUAUCAGGCAACCAGAUCCACUUAUGACCGUCUCUGCUGGUGAUAGUGUCACUUUGCGUUGCUUAAUUUCGGAAGAUCUCCGUGAUCAUAUUGUUUGGUACAAGCAAAGAUCAGGACAACGACCUUAUAUUGUUGCAAUGAUGCAGAAAUACAUGACAGAUUCAGUGUUUUAUAAUGAAUUUAAUUCCCAGCGUUUUUCUAUUGAGAAAGACACAGGAGUGUGUAACUUAAAGAUUUCACAUGUUACCUCAUCUGAUGAAGCAAUGUAUUACUGUGGAAUAAAAUCAUUUCAAGUUGUUUUUGCUGGAGGGACAUAUUUGGCUUUAAAAGGGUCCCAAAACAACCAGCUACAGUUAAAUGUGUCUGUCAUUCAGCAUCCUGGAUCAGCGACUGUUUACCGUGGAGAAACGGUGACCCUGUUGUGCUCUGUGCUGUCUGAACUCACAACAGCAGAAAUGAAGAUGUUCUGGUUCAGAUCGGAUUCAGAAAAAUCUGCUCCACAAAUCAUUUACACUCGUGAUCAAAGUGAUCAAUGUGAGAUUAAUUCUGCUACACAGAACUGUACACACAAUCUGUCCAAAAACAUUUUCCGUCAAACAGACACUGGCAUUUAUUACUGUGCUCUGAUCACCUGUGGGAAAAUUUUCUUUGGUAAUGGGACAAAAAUAAAUAUGGAAAAGCCUGUGGUGAACUCCAUAGUGAUUAUAUUGGGAGUAUUGUUGGGAGUUUGUGUGGUUGUGAUUAUUGUCCAAGCCGUCUCAAACUAUAAUAAAGAAAAAUAUUACCACAAGAGAGAAAUUGUUCAAGAUUUUGAAAAUGAGCAUCCUUCCAGUCAGAGCUGUGAAGUGGUGAAUUUGCAUUAUGCUGCUCCACAUUUUAAGGAGAGAAUAAGCAGAAGGACAAGAAAUAAAGAUCUUCAGGAAAGUGUUUACAGCCAUUUGAACGAUCUCAGUGUAACUGACCACAGCGUAAUUGAAUACACAUCGGCUUCAUAGUGAUUCAAACAUCAUGUCUAGCUUAACAUGAUUAGUAUCAAAUUUUGAAAGGCUUGGAAACAGUUAAUGCAGACAAUAUAUGAGAUCUUGUGCUUGGGAUCAUAUUAAAAGUAAAAUUAUUAUUUUUUAUUUAUUUUAACGUGUUUGCUAAAACAAGGUGUAUGUCAAGAUCCCUAAUAAAA